AUGUCUUGUAACAAUUCUACGAAUAUUUUUCUUCUUGGUCUGGUCUCAGGUAUAACAUCGGAUAUUCGCGCUCAAAGUAUCGAUCAACAAGCACUGAUGACAUUUGCUUAUGUUUUCUCCAUCACCUCAUUGUCCUUAUUCGGACUUGUAUCGAAUAUACUCUCAGUUGAUACAUUGUGUCAAGCGCAAAUCCGAUCAACAACUGUUGGAAUAUAUUUGAUUGCUUAUAGCUGCUGUUCAAUCAUUGGAAUUAUUAUGUUAGAAUGUCGAUUGAUUCGAAUGCUUGAAAAUUUAAAUUAUGCAGGAUCGUUGAUCAUCUGUUCUAUUGUAUCGAGUAUCGCAUCGAUAUUUACUCGAAUUUGCCUGUGGUUGAAUGGGUUAGUCAGUUUGCAACGGUCUUUACAAUCAUUUGAAGCAACGGUAUUUAUGAAUAAAAUCCGUUCACAAUCAGCAGCGUUCAAACAGAUCGUUUUGGUGUUUAUCUGUAUACCUUUGAUGCAUGUACAUGAAAUAAUCUCUCGUGUCUCGUUGCCCGAUCCAUUAUUACUGGGAAACUACAUCUGUCAAAUUCGAUAUUCUCCUCCAUUGCUAACAAUGAACACAGUAUUCGCAUUCAUACAUCUGUUCGUUCCGUUUACAAUGAAUAUGUUAUCGAAUUGUUUGAUUUUAACGUCCAUCACUCGCCGAAGGGUGACACUUCAUCAUCGACGUUAUUGGAUCGAAUGGAAACAUCAUUUUCGUCGGCAUUGUCAUCUCUUUCUAUCACCAACGUGUUCUCUAAUCUGUAUUACACCUCAAUUGAUCCUAACAUUGAAGUUCUCUUGUGUGAAUAUCUCUCUCAAAUGGCUAUUACGACUUAAUACAGCGGCAAAUUUGAUUAUCUAUAUUCCUCAAGCAGCAACAUUCUUCCUGUUUGUUUACCCAUCGGAAACUUAUUAUGAUGUCUUUAGGACACAGUCCGAUUUAAAGAAAUGCUUUCGCCCUCGACCUCAAAAUAGCGUUCAUCCAGUUCAAACGGUAGCAGACCAAAUUGAAACUGUGUUACAACCAAGAAAUCAGUCUUAA